AUGAGGAAGCUGAAAUUUCAUGAGAAGAAGCUGUUGAAGAGAGUUAAUUUCUUGGAAUGGAAGAGAGAAGGCGGCCACCGAGAAGCCUUUGUCAUGCACCGCUACCAUGUAACAGGCAGAGACGACUUCAAGAAGUAUUCGAAUCUGUGCAGAAUGGUGCAGAAGCUAGUGAACAUACUAAAACAGAUGGAUAGCAGAGACCCUUUUCGGACUGAGAUGACUGAUGCCCUCCUUGAAAAGCUGUACAACAUGGGCAUGAUACCAUCUCGUAAAAGUUUGGCUUUAUGUGAUCGUCUAUCAGUAUCAUCAUUUUGUAGGCGCCGGCUGUCCAGUGUCCUCGUACGUCUGAAGAUGGCUGAACACUUGACAGAAGCAGUAACGUAUAUUGAGCAGGGACAUAUUCGUGUAGGACCCGACACUGUUACUGAUCCGGCAUUCCUCGUUACGAGAAAUACUGAAGACUUUAUUACAUGGGUUGAUACAUCCAAGAUAAAGAGAAAGGUCUUGGAAUACAACAAUAAGGUGGACGACUAUGAUGCAAUGAACUGA